CUCCGAGUUACACAAAUGAGACAACGGAAAGUGGCUCAGUUGAGUUACAAACGCACCCGUUGUUUUACGAAAAAAAGCAACUAAUUUGACCCGACUAAUCUAGCCGCGGCCAUCACCCAGAUGUCAUUUUGACGUACAGCACAUUCGGCCCCCAAUUUGUCAAAUUCUCCGUCGUCAACAUUUCUGUGGUCAACAUUUCCGUACGUCAUGGGAGACGCCGAGAAAGGUAAGAAGAUCUUCGCCAGAUCUUGCGCCCAGUGUCACACAUGCGAAAAGGGCGGGAAGCACAAGCAAGGGCCCAACUUGCACGGCAUCAUAGGGAGGAGGAGCGGCUCGGCUGAAGGUUCCGGCAAAGCAGCCAUAUGGUUAGUAUUUAAGAAAUAGGGGAUGCAUGUUGUCCGAUCUACAAAAAAACACUGGAUGAAGGCGAAGGUAUUCACACAAGGGAUACACUCACAUUUCAGAAACCCAAUAUCGACUAUGGAUAUCCUAUCGACAAACUUAUAAAAAUAUCGAGAAAUGGCAUAUGUGCCUCUCUGUGAGAUUGGGCUUUAUUUUCCUUCGAAAGAGUAUACCCAAACCAUUUGAUGUGACAUGAAGCAGACCAAAACAAGAAAACUGAAAUGAAGAGUCAAUAAAUUGCAAUACCAUAAAGCUCCAUUUUAGCACCAACGUAUAAAAAUAAACUAGCAGUUAAAUUGACGUUGUAAGGAUCAACAUGAUAUCUCCCAACCCCUUCCUACAAGGGUUCUCCUACACGGAUGCUAACAAAAACAAAGGCGUGAUAUGGAGUGAGAGUACGUUGGAUGAAUACCUGACUGAUCCUAAGAAGUACAUACCAGGAACGAAGAUGAUAUUCCCUGGUUUGAAGAAAACGAACGAAAGGCAGGAUUUAAUCGCAUAUUUGAAGUCGUGCAGCUAGGAUAGACAAGAAGAGAGACGUAUUGAUGUAUGGAUAAUUGUUGCAUUUUAUUUUUCCACAUAAAUACAGAUUAGAAAAGUGAUGCAUCCGACUGCCUCAGAAGGAGGGUUAUGUUUUUCGCGAGUGGGUCUCUGCCUAUGGAUCCAAAAAAAUCAAUUGUACGGGCUUAUGAGAUGUAGGAUUCAUUUUAAUAGUGUGAGUGACAUU